GGACAGCGAGGGGUGGGAGGGAGUGCCAGAUCGGUCAUGUCCCCUUUCACUCUCGCAGCCGUCUAGCAUGGCUAUCCUGGUCCCCUGCUGCCGGGUCCUUUUCUUCUGCCCUUUCCCCUCCCCACGAUAUAGCUGGCGAUGGACGAUUUCAUUUCAGAGGCUCAACGCUGUGCUACUACCUGUAUGUAGUGCGUUUUGUUUGCAGAAGCCAUUGUUACCGCAGUGCCGUGCAUGUACUGUACUGUACAGUACCAGACAAGACAGAGCACACGAUAUCGACCACUAAGUGCUACCAAGGUAUCUAGGUAGUAGUGCUAGAAGGGCCAAGGAUCUCCGAGUACAGUAGCGCUGCUUGCUGUAGAUAUUUCCAAGCGUCAGCCGUGAUAGCGCUAUGCAACCUGAGACUGGCUGAGUGGGCUAUGAUUAUUCUGCAUCCAAUGUCAAAGAGGGAAAAGGGAAAAGUAAAGAACACAAAAGAAUGAAUGAAUGAAAAAUGAACACCAACGCAAGGGACAGAAAGCGAAGGGGAAAACACAUGGCUCGGAAGGCUGCACGUCGGCUGCGAGACCUGGCGAUGGGGGGUUAUGGAUUGAUUAUGGUAUCCAUUGAAUGGAUUACGGGUUCCGCGAGAUGGGGACCGGACGGAGCAGCCCGUCCGCCAGUCCCUAUCCCGACUGCUCAACUACCUUACUGCUCCAAUAUUGCUCACUGCUACUUAGGUGCCUAUUCACAUCUGUGCUUGACCACCCAAGCUGACCAUCUAAGCUCUGCCAUCUGGCGUCCAGCGAGUUGCCAAACGAAGCCGUCUGUCUGUCUACCUUACCUUAGCUCUGAUACUCGGACACACGGCUGUGUUGUGGUACAUACUCCGUACAAAUGCGAGGUCGGGUGCCAUCAGCAACGCUUCUGGCUGAGGCGCCACGCCAGAACCGCGGUGGCGGGGACUCACAAUUUGGAAAAAAGAAGAUCAAUGCCAGUGACGCCAUAGCAGAGACCCCUUAAGAGGUGCCAGCAAAGACAUCCACAUUGUACCCAGUACCAGGCAUCGCUGCUGGGGGGCGCCGGCAUGGCACGUGUUCCCCCC